AUGCCGCCGCCCGACCGCCACCGGAGCGAGGACGCCGCGCUCCGCGCCGCCGGCGAGGUGAGCAGCGCCGCGAGCCGCCGUGCCGCGAACCGCCGUGUCGUGCCGUGCCGCGCCGCGAGCCGCCGUGCCGCGAGGUGCGGCGGCGGCAGUCGUGCGCGCGGCGCGCCGCCGCCACUCCCAGCGCUGGCAGCAGGCAGCUGGCUUACUGGGCCUUGUUGGUCCUGGCACGCCGCCCAAGAUAUGAGUACUCCAUCGAAUGCUGAAGCCCAGAUAGAAACACCGGGAUCCGACACCUCUGGAUCCGACACUUAUAGAAGCCCGAGCGUAUCACCACGUGAAUCCUCCAGAGCUAAGAAGGCUCGUCUAGAGUUGGAACAUGACCCGACAUACGAGCCUCAAGCUGAUCCGGAUGAUGAUGAGAAUGAGCCCGAGGUGCCAGCCAAGGAGAACAUGCCUGAGCAGCAGACUCCGCCAUCCAAGGAGAAUAAGCAAACUCCCCCACCACCUCCAAAGGAGAAGGAGGAUGAGCAGACUCCCCCACCACCUCCAAAGGAGAAGGAGGAUGAGCAGACUCCUCCACCACCUCCAAAGCAGAAGGAAGAUGACCAAACUCCCCCAGCAGCACCGGCCUCUAAGAAGGUGAAGAAAUUUCCAAUUCCAAAAUUGAUUUCUCCCUUUGAGCCAAAAAAGGGGAAAGCAGCAGGCACAGCUCUCUUUCUGAAAGGACUUGGAAAGCAGCGGACGACAUGGCUUAUUGAGCUCGAACCGUCAGAGAAAAAGGAAGCCACCGCCAAGUCAAUAGAAUCCAUGCCCCCAUCAAAGGAAGCCCCAAGUGGCGAUGUACAUGUCAAACAGCCAUCAAGUCAACCAUUGACCCUAAAGGAUAUCAGAAAGCCAACGAUUGAUGAUUAUGUCAAUGUCCCCAGUGACUAUGUGCCCGGAAGGCCUAUGCUCCAAUGGACGCUGCUUGAUAAGAUUCAAUGA